AUGCAGUUACCAGUGAACAAAUCCCCUCUAAGUCAUUAUUCGUGGGAAGUGGAAAGCAAUGAAAGCAAUGCUAAUGCUGUUUUUAAGUCAGGUUAUCUAACCAAAAAGGUCUGGCGAUUUGGCCGAUCUACUAAUUAUUUCAUUCUCUACAAAAGCGGCAAAUUUUGUGGCUACAAAAAUCAAGCAAGCGCGGAAGAUUUAAAAAAAUGCAAAGCAUUUACAUUUGUUAAGGAUGUUUACAUCAUUCCUCGAGGAUUGAAAUCAUUCAUGCUCUACACAAAUAAAAGUGUUUGGUAUUUAAAGGCAAAAACGAAUGAUGACCGCAAUGACUGGAUUGAAAAGCUUCGAUUUGCAAGGGCAUAUCUGCGGAUGAAAGAUGAUGAAGAGUUGAAACAGAUUCUGAAUUUUGCGUCAGUUCGUCAAAAAAAUUCGAGUGCCUCAAAAAUAAUUAAUGAAUUGAACGAUUCUUUACAGAGAGUGUGUGAUAAUUUGCAACCGCUUGACGUUAAAUUAAGCGAUUUUCGUCAUUCUCUUUUAAAUGGCAAACCAGUGGACAAAGUUCAAGUCUCAGAUCUUGAUGACACAUCACAUAAAGUUUCAGUUGCAAUUCAAAAUACUUUAGAAGCAUCAAAUAGGUAUUUCACGCAUUCGAAAUAUUUGCAAAAUGAAAUGCAGCGAUUGCUAAAUGACUUACGCUAUGAAACUGAGCAACGGUCUAAUUUAUUGCGUCAAAUUGAACUUCAAGCAAAGCAGUUGAAAUGCAUUGAGAAAGAAGUACGAAUGCCACAAACGCUUUAUCUCUGUUUAGACUGUAAAAUAUUAAUUCUCCAAGAAGAUGGAUACUAUUUUAACAGUCUAAAAUUUAAAUUACUGAAAUUUUUGCCAUAUCACACAUUUUCAAAUUUGGCAAGAAAAUAUCUAAAAUGUUCAAAUUUUUUCAGAUUUCACGCUUGUUUUCAGUUUAUAAUCUGAAU